ACCACCGCUCGUAGCAUGAAACUGUGGGUCGACGUCUUGCUUGUGCUUGCCGUAGUGCUUGGGCCUCCCGUGGUGACCGUCAUGAGCCUGCAGUACUACGGUCCCGAAGGAGUUAACUGCGGCCUCGUGCUCUCAGGAGUCUACCUCAUGCUCGUGGUCGUUGCCCUCGUUGUGCGGAGGAAACGCCAGUCCUCGAGACACGAGAACAGGCUGCAGGAGAUCCGCGUGGCAGACUCGCCUCCGCCCUACGAGAUCGUCGCCGCCAAACCGCCCCCGUACUCCGUGCUCUACGCCUCCGCCCCGCCCACCGAUGACGUUAUCCGCCUCCCCACCGGCACCUCCCGCUUCCCCACGACGUACGUACCCGUGCACAUCCCCCGCCAGGAUCUCGUCAGCCACAAGUCCUCCGCGAGUCCUCCGACGCUCGGCCUCGCGAGACAGGAGUCCUGUGACGCAGGACUCCCGACGUACCAGGAGGCUGUGCGGUACAUCUCGCUGGCGACGCACGUGCCCCGUGAUUCGCUCAAGUGAGGAUCCGCCGCUCAAGGUGACUUUACUCUGCCUCUGUUCAGCCGCUGGACACGAGCUGCGUCUGCCUGACUGGUGCCUCUAGUGGUGGCUCUCCCUCUGGCCGAGAGUGACGUCAGACCCCCGGCCGGAGCGGUGAUGUGCGCGUGACAUCCUCGGGCAUCGGGGGAGGAGGUGUCGGCGCGAAGUGUUAAGCCUGAGGAGCACGAGAAAAAUGCGAAAUGAAGUCUCCCUGAACUGUCAACUGCAUCCUUCUGCGAGGGGGAAUCCAGGGUACACCGGGGAUUUUGUUGCAAGGAGAAACUCUUUAGCUACUGCUAGGGACUCCGAGCUUCCGAGAAAGUCCUUCGCGGAAUUCCUCCUUUGGAUUCCCAAGAAAGGGGCAACGUUCUAGAAAAGAUACAUAAAAAUACACUUUCAAAUAGCCAA